GACAUACAAGGGCUGGCCGGACAUCAUUAUCAGCUGCUGCAGGACGCGGUGGAAGACAGCAGGCAGUGGGAUGUAGAGGAGGGUGAGCAGACGCAGUUGGUGAAGUUCUUCGGGAACUGCAGUAAGCGUAAACACGGUAUCGAUUACUAUCCGCUCGAAAGAAAGGCUGUCGUACAAGCACCGACAUUCGAGGUCGACCUGACGAGGUUCAUCAUCAGUAAGAUGAAGUACGUCUUCAGCACGUGUGAGUACGAGCUGGGUCUGGACUCGCCGACCGUGUGGACAAUCAAGUCCCAACGAGCCGUACUGUGCUUGAAGAAGAGUGUGGUGACGACCGCAUCAGGUCGUGAGCUGUUUUUGUGCGUCUUGGCUCAGAGUAGGGAAGAGUUCUUAUAUGUGGCUAAGAAGAUAUCGUUGGUCGUACCAUCCCUUGGGCUCCUGCAAGGGCUCAUAAUUGUCCUCAUUGCGCCGGUCGCUGAGGUCGACGCCGACGCGAAGCACUGCCGUCAUCGUCGCAUCUACCGAACGCCUGACGAUGGCAGCCGCAGAACGGUGGAUAUGGAGGUAGGCGUUCUGUCCUACCAGAGCGAUGAACUCGACGACUUCAAGGGGGGCGGCGCGAAGUUCACGAGGGUGGCAGAGUGGGAGACGCAGCAAGGCAAUUUUAUGUGGCUAACUGACGAACUCUCUGAGAAGUCCUCUUCAGACCCUUCCUCUGAGAAGUCGCCUUCAGACCCUUCCUCUCACACCUCCGUCAACACCGACAACACCGACCCUUCCCACAUCGCUUCUUCCCACAUCGCUUCUCACGCUGGCAUCGCGACGAUCCCAUCCCUCGGAUUCAAUCGCUUCCACAUGCACAUCAAGUCAAUCGUCGACACACAUCGAGCCUACCAGGAGACUCGAUUGCUCCGGGAGGGCGCUGAGGAGCCCCUGUUCGAUGACGACAUGGUGUUAUCACUGGCGCGACAUGGUGUGGAUGAGUGGGACAGUUUCGGACACGCUUACGAUUAUCACGACGUCUUUAUAUUUACGCUCUCUCUUACAGAAGCUCAUGCCGCGUCCAAGUCCUCUUCAUCAGCAGGCGGUGGCGUUGAUGAUGAGAUGGCAGCAGUCUUUGCUGAACGAGAUGGCGUUGAAGGUCAAUUGCAAAGAUAUGCGAUCAUCAACCGGAAACCUGACUGUUCAACACUGAUCUACGGAGAAUUUACCAACUACCUACUCAUUGCCGGAGAGACUUGUGUCACUCAGUCUCCACGAGAUGUCUUAGAGAAAUAUGCAGAGCUGUACGCGCAGAAGAAGCAUCCACGCGUCGCGCUCAUCAUCACUGUUCUACGUCAAAAGGGAAGGCCGGACAACACGCCCGAUGAGGUCCUCGACAGUUGGGGCCAUAUCUUCCAGGGAGGCUUCCUACAAAACCGUUCUCUCUGGGGUGACUGGGGCUGGCUGUACCGUCCGAACAGCAGCAUGAGGGUGGUUAUCCCUCAUUAUAAUACAGCGCCUACGGACGUGGUUGCCCUUAGAGCGUAUUGGGAGCGACGCAUUAGCCCGCCCAUUACUUUCCAGGGCUUCAUCAUGGCUCCGUCCAUGGAGCUCCAUAUCAUACCGAUCCCCGUGUGGAGAUUCUCCGCACUCACCAUGCCCUCGAUCAACGGCAACCAGCCGCAAAGGUGGUCUGACGAAGCUAUCCUCAGAACCUUCCCUCACAUAACACUCACGUCCAUGCAACCCGAUCAACCCGAUCGGUUGGCUCCUUACCUCCACACCGGCAUGGCAGAGCUCGCAAGACAAGAGCUACUGUCUAUUCUCUUCUUAAUGUACAGGAUCUUAGAAGCUUCCUCAACGGAGUCUAACAGCGGAUCUCCGCCGAACGAGCAGCCUCCCAGCGUACGCGAAGUUCUGCGUCGCGUUCGAGAGCCCGACUACGACGAUUUCGAGGACUCGUACGCAUGGCGAUCCCUGCGCGACACCGCCUCUGUCCCCGCCUCUGACCCCGCUGCUGUCCCGCCACCACUGUCCCAGCCACCACUGUCCCCGCCACCACCGUCCCCGCCACCCCUGCCCAGAUUUACCAGGACUGGCGUCUGGGAGGACCUGCAGAGCGUCAAGAUCCUGUCUGGGCCACCGUUGUCCGACAAGGACUUCUUGUUCAUGGCUGACCAGUUCAGUCACCGUGUCAAGGCUCAAGGGCAGGUUCUCGCAGCAUCUCGGGUGGAGAGCCGAGUGCGCCAGCGAUGGCAGACACGGCCUCAACGGCCGGACCAUGAUUAUCCAGUUCCUUCGCGCGACACCGCCCUCAAUUGGUGGGAUCUCAGAGCAGAGGAAGACGACUACAAUAUUCCUACCAGUCUGGUCGACCAUCGAAUUGACCGAUUUUUGGCGCUUGCUGACUUGCUUUCUCACGUCGUUUGGUCUGGAAGCUGGGUUUGGCUGACUCCAGACGAAAUCAAUGCGCUUCAUGAUCACCUCGCCCAAUCCACGGACUUCGAGUCUCUACCUCUACCUCCACUCCAGUCUGUCAUUACCAAGCUAACUGAUGCGACCUCCGACGCUACGAGGGCUCUCGCUGCCGCAGCAGAAGAGGACAUGCCUGACAUUGCCACCUUAGAUCCGGACAUGCGAG